AUGGAUUCUCAAGUGACCGAUGAGGGGGGUGAAGGCGAGGCCGCAGUGAGGACAGGUGUAUACGAGGUCCCCAGUUCUGGUGUCGUCGGUUAUGGUGUUGGUGUUUUUGAUGUGUCAGACUUGUGUGUCAUGUUCAAGUGCUUUGCAGACGCCACACCGAUAGACGUUGAGGCAUUGGAGAAGGAGAAGAAGCAGGAGGUGGAUGAGGAGAAGGACUGA